AUGGGUUCUACGAUGUUUUACGUUUCUCUAUUGCUGCUACUACUACUCGCGGGUUCUGAUUGCCGUGUUUUUCGAUUCCCUUUUCAAACGAAUGAACCAUAUAACAUCGCUCACCGAGGUUCUAGCGGGGAGUUUCCGGAAGAAUCCGUUCUUGCAUACAAGCGUGCCAUUGAAGAGGGGGCCGAUUUUAUUGAGGCUGAUAUAACAGCAACUAAGGAUGGCAAGCUUAUUUGCUUCCAUGACUUGAUUUUGGACAGCGUUACCGACGUGCAUGAUCACCCCGAGUUUGCGAGUCGAAAGCAAACGUAUGUCGUUGAUGGUGUUAAUGUCACUGGAUACUUCGCAGUGGACUUCACUCUGGAGGAAUUAAAGUCGCUUCGCUUGAUCCAACGAUAUCCUAAUCGCGACCAAUCUUACAAUGGUAAACUUCAAAUACCAACUUUCGAGGAAUUCAUAGCUAUUGCCUUGGUUUCACCGAAGUCGGAGAGGGUUGGAAUCUACGUGGAAAUUAAAAGCCCAACGUUUAUCAAUCACCACGUUAAAUGGACCGAGGGAAGAAAAUUUGAGGAUGUUUUUCUUAACAUCUUGAAAAAAUAUGACUACAAUGCAAAGUAUCUCACAAAGGAGUGGCUUCACAAGCCAGUAUUUAUCCAAUCUUUUGAUCCGAGCUCUUUGAUAUAUCUUCACAACAAAACAAGCUCCCCGAAAAUCUUAUUGAUCGCUCCAGAUUCAAUCACCUCCGAUACUAAACAGACGUAUGAAGAGAUAAUCUCCGAUGACUACCUGGAUUACAUUAGUAAGAUCGUUGUUGGAAUCGGACCAGCUAAAGAAGCUAUCGCCCCCGUGGACUCCAACAAUAAACUCUUACCAGUGACCGACCUGGUUGACAAAGCUCACGCUAGAGGCCUCGAAGUUCAUCCCUGGACGUUUAAUCACGAGCGCAACCUCCUCCUCCCGUUUGAUUACCACCAAGAUCCUUAUCGCGAGUAUGACAUGUUUGUAAACACGCUGGAAGUGGAUGGAGUUUUCACGGAUUCUCCAGAGAGCUUCGAGACUUAUCGCCGGGAGUGGAGAAUCUUCAGCAAGAGGAAGCGACCAUACAAGAAUGAAUGA